GGGACAGGUUGGGCUGCUACACCCCUUUAGAGUCUCUGUCUAUAAAUUCUGGUUCCUGCUUUUACCAGGAGCUCCAAGAUGGCUACUACCAUGAUCUUGUCUUGGAUGGUAAUGAUGGGUCUUCAUAUGCAGCUGGAUGCAGCAUCAAUACGUCCAACAACAGGAAUAGAUACAACUGUUCCAACAACAGUCCAGCCCACUGGAAUCAUAGCCGAUGAGCUGGAGCUGAGUCUGACCGACGGGCCCGACCGCUGUGCAGGCAACGUGGAAAUCGACUAUUUUGGAAUGAGCGCAAAAGUGUGUGGCUUCCAGUGGGACAUGAACGAUGCUCAGGUUGUGUGCAGGCAGCUUGGCUGCGGCUCACCUGUCAGCGUGAUGGAGUAUUUCUCCUCGAGCGAUUCAUAUCCAUGGUACCAGAGGACCGCGGUGGCUUGUGACGGCUCUGAAUCCUCUUUGCUGUUUUGCCCUUCUGACUAUGUGUCCUCCGAAUGCCAACACGGGACUGCUUCUGUCAUCUGCUCAGAUUCGGGAUUCCGAGUGCAAAAUGAAAUACCUGUUCCAACAGCAAUCGAGCCCUAUAAAAUCAUCGCCGAUGAGCUGGAGCUGCGUCUGACCGAUGGGCCCAACCGCUGUGCAGGCAAUGUGGAAAUCGACUAUUUUGGAAUGAGCGCAAAAGUGUGUGGCUUCCAGUGGGACAUGAACGAUGCUCAGGUUGUGUGCAGGCAGCUUGGCUGCGGCUCACCUGUCAGCGUGAUGGAGCAUUUCCCCUCGAGAGAUUCGUACCCCUGGUACCAGAGGACCGCGGUGGCUUGUGACGGCUCUGAAUCCUCUUUGCUGUUUUGCCCUUUUGACUACGUGUCCUCUGAUUGCGAUCACGGGGCUGCUUCUGUCAUCUGCUCAGUCCCGUGACUAACAGAGCCCCCAGUGAAAGUGCCAGAUAGCCCCAGCUCGACUCCCACUGUGCCUCAACUUCAGAACCGGACUCUUUUGGCAUCCUGGAGAACAUGAAUUCAGCUCCUGCUCCAAUUGGUAUCUCUCAUAUUCCAUUUAUUACUGCUGUCAUGGCCCUGACAGCUGCUGUUCCCACUCUUGUUGGUUUCUUUUGAAACACAGUGAAGAAAUCAAUUCCAUAUCAGAUCACAUGAGAUUUGGUAAACACCUGCAGGUGAUCACAUUGGUUGAGUAAUUUGAUGGAUUGAGUAAAGUCCUUGCAUUGAGUAAUCUCCUCGACAAUUCAAGAUUAAAGGCUUUCUGUGGUGAUAGAUAACCUCAUGGGAAGAGAUGGGCUUGACAUAACUCAGCACUGAAUGAAGCCAGAAGACCAGCAAAGGUUUGCAGCCAAGUAACAACCUUCAAAUUAGUCAGUUGCCACCUACAAUAUUAGGCUGUUAAAUCUUAACACUCCAUCUUAAUCAGCUUCCUCCUCUCAAGAUGGAUAUCUGGCCUCUGCCAGUGAAAAAUAUAGCCUGGGUUGUGGGGAACCCACAUGGCCAGUUCUUGCUCCACACCAAACAAGAGUUUGUUUCUAGUUUCCUCAGAUGUAAAUUAAGAUCAAUAGCCCUUCCUUUCCACAGGGGAGUUGUGAGUCCAUCAGACAAUGUGUGCUGCAUGAUAACCAGUAACAGGACCUACCUAAGUACCUCUGAAAGGCAACAGAUAUCAGAAAGGCUCCACAAUAAAUCAUGAUGCGAUGUGUAUAUUUCAAUUUAUCCUUCAGGUAAGGGUAGGACUAUUGAAGCUUCCCUGCAGUGUUUUCUGUUGCUACUACAGUCAGUGCUAGUAGGCAAAAUAUUUGAAUACAAGUACUGCUUUAAUACUUUGGUAAGAUUCCUUUUAAGUCCUGUUCUAUCACUUCAGAUUUUCUGAGGUGGAGAUGAAAUUUUGCAUGGCAUAAUCAAAUGUUCCAGAUGGAUAAAAUUUUAUGCAGCUAAAAUACCUAGACAAGCAUACAUGACUGAAAAAAAAAAAAAAAAAAGAGAGAGAGAAAUGAUUCUUCCAAUUGCGUAUGGAUCCUGAUAUAUAAUGUCUGGAUGUUUUAUGACUAGUUCUUCAGGAAGAUUCUUGUUGAGAAAAUGUAGAUUUGAGCUACUUUCAAUUAUGGCUGAUUUUCAAUAUAAAAUAUGUAAUCACCAAAUCAGGAAGGCAGUGUUUCUAGUGUGAUAUUUCUGUUUUCAUUCCUGCAACCAUCUUUGCAUUUGAACUCAGAAGUUUUCCUGUUUCAAUGAGCAUCAUGUAAAAUAAAGAAUUUUUUCCAAGCAA